AUGGCCUGGACAGGCAAUCAGACGCUCAUCUCUCACUUUGUCCUCCUGGGCCUCUUCACCCACUCUCCAUUGCAUCUCUUCCUCUUCUCCAUCAUUAUGGUCAUGUUCCUGGUGGCCCUCUCUGGCAAUGGGCUCAUGAUCCUCCUCAUUCUUAUGGACUCUCGCCUGCACAGCCCCAUGUACUUCUUCCUCAGUUGGCUGUCCCUCAUGGACCUCAUGCUCAUCUCCACCAUUGUGCCACGAAUGGCUGCUGACUUUCUCAUGGGCCAUGGCUCCAUCUCCUUCGCCGGUUGUGGGCUCCAGAUUCUCUUCUUCCUCACCCUCCUGGGGGAUGAGUGCUUCCUGCUAGCCUUCAUGGCCUAUGACCGCUACGUGGCCAUUAGCAACCCGCUGAGAUACUCUGUAAUCAUGAGCCGCCGGGUCUGCUGGCUCAUGGUAGCGGGAUCUUGGCUCUUUGGCCUGGUAGAUGGACUGAUCCAGGCUGUUUUUACACUUCGCUUCCCCUACUGCGGUUCCCAGGAGAUCGACCACUUCUUCUGUGAGGUUCCUGCUGUACUCAAGCUGGCCUGUGCUGACACCAGUCUCUACGAGACCAUGAUCUAUGUCUGUUGUGUCCUCAUGCUUCUCCUGCCCUUUUCUGUCAUCUCGGCCUCCUACCUCAGGAUCCUGGUGACCGUGCUCCGGAUGCGCUCUGCAGAAGGUCGGCGGAAGGCCUUCGCUACCUGUUCCUCCCACAUGAUCGUGGUCUCCCUCUUCUAUGGGGCUGCCAUGAUCACGUACAUGCGACCCCAGGCCUACCACUCCUCCAAGCAGGAUAAAGUGGUCUCUGCCUUCUACACCAUGAUCACCCCCAUGCUCAACCCUCUUAUUUACAGUCUAAGGAACAAAGAAGUGACUGGGGCCCUGAGGAAACUCCUGGGAAAGUGUCCCUGUGGUGGCGGGGCUCUUGGUUGA